AAAUUAUCGGGUGGCGGCGAGCGGUGACAGCUAAUCCAGAGACAGAGGCUAAACAGCGCGGACGUCGAGUGUACGGAGUAAAACGGCAUAGUGCGGUUUUAUACACCGGCGGGGGGGGGAGCGAAUUUUAAUCGUCGGUGGUGUACAUGGUCCCGUUGUUUCGACAAUCUGUGUGAAUUCAUCGUAAUAUAACAUAGGCGUAUACGUAACAAUAAAUACAUACGUGUGCCCGAGUGUGUUUCGUCCUACAGUUUUUUCUUCUUCUUCUUCUUCUUCUUUUUUUCUCCUCUCUCUCUCUCUCAUUCUCGCACUCUCUUUUCUCUUUUGCGCGAGAGUCAAUCACCACCGUUGCAUCUAACGUUAAUUAUUCCGUAUACACUUGAUCCCCGAACCGGUAACAAUAAAAACAAAAAAUAAGAAUAAUAAUAAUAGUUCGCAAGCCGCGCGUAUGACAAAAAAAAAAAAACAAAAAAAGUAACGCAAAGCGCGGCACGUUUCACUUGAAUUUUAUAGUUCGUCGGGUGUAACGCGAAAGACGGUAGACGGAGGACUCGUCGUUGAUUUGUUAAAGAAUUGACCGAAUAUCGUGCAUGAAAAAAUUAUCGUUCGCGGUUAACGAACGAGAAAAAAAAAAGAGAGAGAAAAAGAGAGCGAGAAAAGUGCGGGAAAACUUGAUUGCAAAGCGAUAUAAGAAACGGCGACAGCGAAGAGAAGAGAGAGAGAGAGAGAGAGACAAAGAGGAAUCCGACAGACCGUGAUAAGGGGGAUUAAAGAGAGACAGAUAUAGAGACGGUGGUUUUAACUCCUGUCUCCGAGGAUGGCGGACGAGGACGGAAGCAUGUGCGAAAAUUCCCUAGGGCCGAACGACUCGAGUACGGCCUUUGCGAAAAAGCUCAGAGGCAGAAAGGGCGCGUUGAAGAAGAAGAAUGUUUACAUGGUAAAGGACCACAGCUUUAUGCCCCGCUUCUUCAAGCAGCCGACGUUCUGCAGCCACUGCAAGGAUUUUAUUUGGGGAUUCGGAAAGCAGGGUUACCAGUGUCAAGUAUGCAGUUUCGUCGUUCACAAACGAUGUCACGAAUACGUCACAUUCACGUGUCCAGGAGCUGAUAAGGGCGCCGAUUCGGACGCCGUGACCGCGCAUCACAAAUGGGAGGUGUUCACCUACCUGACGCCGACCUUCUGCGACCAUUGUGGUUCGAUGCUGCACGGCAUCACGCAUCAGGGACUCAAAUGCUCAGCAUGUGACAUGAACGUUCACAAACGAUGCGAGGAGAGCGUACCGAAUCUCUGCGGUUGCGAUCACACCGAGCGCCGAGGUAGAAUUCAGCUCCACAUCACCUGUAUCGGCAACAAACUCACCGUCGAAGUAAAACAGGGGAGAAACCUAAUCCCGAUGGAUCCAAACGGACUGUCGGAUCCUUACGUGAAAUUGAAACUAAUUCCCGACUCAGACAACGUAAAGAAGAAAACUAAGACAAUCAAAUCUUCGCUGAAUCCCGAAUGGAACGAAACGCUAACUUUUGAGCUAAGACCGGAAGACAAGGACCGUAGACUUCUAUUAGAAAUAUGGGAUUGGGAUCGUACUUCACGCAACGAUUUUAUGGGCUCUCUAUCCUUCGGAAUAUCGGAGAUCAUCAAGGCACCCGCCUCCGGAUGGUUCAAACUACUGACCCAGGAGGAGGGCGAAUUUUACAACGUCCCGGUACCGGAGGAAGGCGUUGACCUUGCCGAGCUGAAGACCAAAAUGCGGACAUCCGUCACCAAAAAGACACCAAUGACACAGGACAAGGAUGUGCCUCACAACAUGGGAAAGAGCGACGUGAUACGAGCGACAGAUUUCAACUUCCUUAUGGUCCUCGGCAAAGGUAGUUUUGGAAAGGUAAUGCUGGCGGAAAGAAAAGGGACCGACGAGCUGUACGCCAUUAAGAUAUUGAAAAAGGACAUCAUCAUUCAGGACGACGACGUUGAGUGUACAAUGGUCGAGAAGCGAGUCCUGGCACUUUCCAGCAAACCACCGUUUCUCGUUCAGCUUCACUCGUGCUUUCAGACGAUGGACCGAUUAUACUUCGUCAUGGAAUACGUGAACGGUGGUGAUCUCAUGUUUCAAAUUCAGCAGUGUGGAAAGUUCAAAGAACCAGUGGCCGUAUUCUACGCGUCCGAGAUCGCGAUUGGUCUGUUUUACCUCCACGCGAGAGGAAUCGUUUACAGAGAUCUGAAACUUGACAACGUUCUCCUGGACCAGGACGGUCACAUUAAAAUUGCCGACUUUGGUAUGUGCAAGGAGGGAAUAACCGGGGACAAGACGACCAAGACUUUUUGUGGUACACCCGACUACAUUGCGCCGGAGAUCAUACUCUAUCAACCGUAUGGAAAAUCCGUGGAUUGGUGGGCGUACGGCGUUCUUUUGUACGAGAUGCUUGUUGGACAGCCUCCGUUCGACGGCGAAGACGAGGAGGAAUUAUUCGCCGCGAUAACCGAUCACAACGUCAGCUACCCAAAGAGUCUUUCGAAGGAGGCGAAAGAGGCAUGCAAAGGGUUUCUCACGAAGAAUCCUAACAAGAGAUUGGGUUGCGGAUUACGGGGUGAAGAGGACGUGCGAAAUCACGCUUUCUUCCGCCGCAUAGACUGGGACAGAAUCGAAAAUCGAGAGGUUCAACCACCGUUCAAACCAAAAAUAAAACACAGGAAGGACGUGAGCAACUUCGACAAGCAGUUUACAUCGGAAAAAACGGACCUCACGCCGACCGACAAAUUGUUCAUGAUGAACUUGGAUCAAACAGAAUUCAUGGGCUUCUCUUUCCUAAAUCCCGAGUUCGUUCAGCACAUUUAAUCAUCCUCUUAUUCGAUUCUGUAUCCAAAUACCUACACCUAUAUGUAUACACGUAUGCGUGUAUGUGUGUGUGUGUGUGUGCAUACACACACACACAUAAAAUACAACUCUAUGGACGCAACGAAGUGCAGUCUUUGCGUUGUGUCUGCCAACAACAGGUUCGUAUAGUACGAACCGUCGAUCGUCGAUUGCCAAUUUAAUUCCAAUUGUAAAAUACCUAUACCUACAUGUACAACAACACUUAUUAUACAUAAUAUAUACAAGUCUACUAUAGUGCAUAAUACGUAUAACAAUAACACGCAUUUACGCGAGUCUCGUGCAUUGGGUUAUAUUCUCAUUACCAUUAUCGUUGUUCUUAUUAUUACUAUUACUAUUAUUAUUAUUAUUAUUAUUAUUAUUAUUACUAUUGUUGUUGUUGUUGUUGUUGCUAUUACAAUUAUUUGCCACUAUUAUAUUAUUGAUCGUUAUAUUAGCAACACCAAAACGGAGAGACGCCUCCGAUUUAGAUUAUUGUAUGUACACAUGCCUACUAUACGUAUGCAUUUACCUCAUCAGUAUAGUUAUUAUACCAUACGGGUUAUUAUAUAUAUAUAUAUAUAUUAUAUAUAUAUAUAUAUAUAUAUAUAUAUAUAUAUACCUAUAUAUACCAUUGCCUUCCAAAAUUGCGUAUUGAACCGUCAUUGGUAUGGGUAUACGUAUACAAAGAUAUUACUGUACGAGUUCGUCACCCCCCAUUUUUCUUUCAUGCUUUUUCUUUUUAUUUUUCUUUUUUUCUUUUUGAUUCUUCCGUUU